AUGGCUAUCAGCAAAGUUUCCUUUCAACUUCUUUCACUCGUUUUCCUGCUUUUCUUUACCAAACCUUUUGUCCUUGAAGCCACAUUGAUCAACUCCCAUGUUGUGAAUUUCACUGCUGCUUGCAUUGAGGAGGAGAAGAAGGCCCUCCUUAAAUUCAAACUAGGCCUUAAAGAUCCUGCAGGUAUGCUUUCCUCUUGGGUUGGGGAAGACUACUGCAAGUGGAUGGGCAUUAGCUGCAGUAACCAAAUAGGGAAUGUCAUUAAGCUUUCCCUUAGCAAUAUCUACAGUACGCGGACAUGCUUAAGCGGUGAGUUAGAUGAUUCUUUGCUCAACUUAACAUACUUGAAUUACUUGGAUCUCAGUUAUAAUUCUUUCAAUGGAAUUCCCAUCCCGAGUUUUAUAGGGUCACUCAAGAAGUUGAGGUACCUUGACCUCUCUCACUCAUCUUUUGGGGGAAUGGUUCCUCAUCAUCUUGGUAAUCUAUCAAACUUGCUCUACCUUGACCUCACAACAAAAUCAUAUCCAUUGAGGCCAUGGGAUUCAGAUUUGAAUUGGCUUGGUGGUCUCUCUUCCUUGCAAUACCUCAGUUUGGGGGGCUUGAACCUUAGCAAGGCAGCAAAAAACUGGUUACUUGGUGUUAAUAUGCUUCCUUCAUUGUUGGAGUUGCACUUAGACAGCAGUGAACUUGAUGACCUCCCUCAAUUUAUUCCAUAUGUGAACUUUACGUCACUUUUAGUCUUCGACCUCUCAUACAACAACUUCAACUCUUCAUUACCUCAAUGGCUAUUCAACAUUAGUACCCUUGUGACAAUUAAUCUUGCUAAUUGUCACCUCGCUGGCUCCAUUAGGAAAACUUCAUGGGUAAAUCUUUGCCUCUUGCAGAGUUUAGAUCUAUUUGGCAAUUCCAUUAGUGGAGGAAUAGAGGAGUUUCUUCAUUCUUUGUCUGGGUGCAGUAACAGUAGCAUAGAAACAUUGGACUUCGGUUACAAUCAAUUUAGUGGGAACUUGCCCGAGUCUCUGGGAUCCGUGAAAUAUCUUGAUGCUCUUUUUCUCACCCUUAAUUCAAUCUCAGGCGCACUCCCAAUGUCAAUCGGAAAUCUGUCACAUUUGUCAAUGCUAGACCUUUCGUUCAACGUGAUGAACAGCAUCCCAGAGAGUAUUGGACAGCUUGCAGAAAUGUUUUCCCUAGACCUUUGGGAAAAUAAGUGGAAAGGCGUUUUAUCUGAAAUUCAUCUGCACAACCUCACUAGAUUAAAAUAUUUUGCAUUGUCCUCAAAAAGUAAAUCUUUGGCUUUGAAUGUUGGACAUGACUGGAUUCCUCUCUUCAGUUUAAGUUCCAUCACAAUUAUCAACUGUCAAUUAGGCCCCUCAUUUCCUUUGUGGUUAAGAACUCAGAAAGAAGUUUCUUCAAUAACACUCUCAAACAAUGCAAUUGUUGAUGCAAUACCGGAUUGGUUAUGGACACUUGUGCAGAAUGUAUGGCUUUUAGAUCUCUCCACAAAUCAAUUAACAGGGAAGCUUCCUCAAUCAAUCCAAUUAAGUUCUGAGCUUGGAAUAACUGUUAAUUUGGACUCCAACUAUUUGGAGGGCUCAAUUCCGCUUUGGCGAAAUGCAACAUCCCUUUAUUUAGGAAACAACAGAUUUUCUGGACAAAUUCCCUGGAACAUUGGCCAAGAGAUGACAGCGUUGAAGACCCUGGAUCUAUCUAGGAACUAUCUAAAUGGUUCUAUUCCACCUUCCAUUAGUAGGAUUAAGAAUUUGAUUGUUCUUGUUCUAUCCAGAAAUGAUUUAUCUGAAAACAUCCCCUGGCUAUGGAAGGGUUUGCAAAAAUUGAAUGUCAUUGAUCUGUCCGAAAACAAGCUGCAAGGAGCCAACAUCUUCACUGGGAACAUUCCUGAACAAUUAUGUCAACUCCCUCUUAAGGUUUUAGACCUUUCUCAGAAUAACAUACUAGGUUCUAUCCCUAAAUGUCUUGGCAAUCUUGAAGUCAUGAAAGAUGUGGGUAUCAUAUUGAACUUAUCAUACAACAACUUGUCGGGGCCUAUUCCAUCAGCGAACCAAUUCCAAACCUUCAAUGACCCAAGCAUAUUUGAAGCAAACUUGGGACUUUGUAGGAAUCCAUUACCAAUACAAUGCUCAGCUUUCGACGAUGGUGAUGCACAAGCUAAAGAGAGCACAGUUGAAGAUGAAGAUGGUUAUGAAAAUCUAUGGUUCUAUACAAGCACAACAUUUGGAUUCAUUGUGGGAUUCUGGGUUGUUUUUGGCAGUUUGGUGAUUAAGAGGUCCUGGAGACAUGCCAAUUUCCAGUAUCUUGACAAAAUGAAAAAUAGGUGUGCAAUGGUAUUCAAUUUGGACAUGGCUUGA